AUGUCUUACACUCGUGGCACUAGGAAGAAGCAUCUGGCUCGACACAGGUCCACGCCAGUGUUGGCCAACAACUCACGCUGGAGCGACACAUCUUCAUUGGGUGCCAUGGACUCGCCCAAGCCGCCGACUGCGACACAAAAAGAUCUGAGACGCGACAUCUCUUUCCAUGUGGCAACCCCCGACCGAAGUGCAUUUAUUGGGGCUGAUGACAGUCCGACCAGCGAGAGCGGAGACCAGUUUUUUCUCAGCGGCUGGAACGGACGAGUGGAAGAUUACAGCUACCAGAGCAUCUUCAGCAGCGACGACGGCGACUCGCUGACUGGCAGCCAGUUCAGCGCCGUUCUGGCGUCAGCUCCCCAUGUGUUUGUAAGGCCCCCUUUUGAGGCUGUCGGAGAGUCUGCAUUUGAGAAUUCAGAUUCAGACAGCCUGCCACACAGCUCCAUGAACACGACCAUUGAUAAAGACGUCCACAGAUUUCCCUCGACCUCUCCUCUUUAUACCAAAGACCCCCCUACAGCUGCCCCCACCACUCUCGGAGCACACCAGGAAGCGUCCCACAUCCCCCAAGACAUUCCUGAUCCCCAACAAGCCUACUUCGACUACGCUAGCGACUCCGGAAGUGAUCUCUCCAGUUGCGCUACCACUCCCACAAACACUUCUGCCAUCAGACACCGCCACAGCCUGACAUUGUCACCAACCAUGAGUGGAUCCACGACAAGCUCGAACCGACAAGCGCUGGAUAACAUUUCCAAUAGACCCAACCCUCGAAAGAGAAGAAAGUCCUGGAACCCUUCAGAGUCACCGGUGCGUGGGGGGACUGAAAACCACCCAAUUGACAAUAAUGCCCCUGUCGCUUCGUCGUCUGUUGAUAUGAGAUCUACUUCCCCCUCGCCCGCUGAGGCCGGUACGUCUUCCGGGCCAGCUGAUACUGUGCAGACGAGCGCUGCUGGCGAGUUCUCUUUGCACCCCACGUCUCUCAGGUCGGCUUCUGCUCCCGGUCCUGUUGCAUCCUCAUCGGCGGAUGCUCCGAACCGAGUGACCAUUUCUAAAAGGGUUUCUUUUGCCAGAAUACCUGUUCAUACCGCUGCUACCCCCCCAGAGCCUCUUCCUUCCACGCCAUCGUCUCUACAGGAACAGCGGAAUACCCCUGGUGAUCUUAACCAAUCCCGUGCUCGUACAUCUGCUGCUUCUACUGAGCCGGCUACCCCUGUUUCUGCUCCAUCCACUGCACCCGCACCCGCUACUUCUACACCGGUAGCCAGGUCUGCCCUUGUUUCUUCGGCGGCUGAGAGGACGCCAGUCACUUCCGCGGUGGUCGUCUACGGCCAAGAGCCGCCAGCGCAAGAGCCUCCAGUGCAAGAGAUGCUAGUGCCAGAAUCUCCAGUGCCAGAGCCGCCAGUGCCAGAGCCACCAGUGCCAGAGCCGCCAGCGCAAGAGCCUCCAGUGCCAGGACCGCCAGCGCAAGAGCCGCCAGUGCAAGAGACGCUAGUACCAGAAUCUCAAGUGCAAGAGCCUCCAGUGCCAGAGCCGCCAAUGCAAGAGCCGUCAGCGCAAGAACCGCAUGUGCAAGAACCUCGAGUGGAACAAGAGCAGCCACCGCAAGUGGCAGAAGAAAAUGAGCCUGCGGUAGAGGAAUUUCAUUCGCCAGAGGAGCAUCUUCCUAUGGAGGAUUCUUGCUCAACCGAGGAAUCCCACCCGACAGAGGAGCCUCCAUCACUGGAUGAACAGGAGUUGCGACGCCACUCUGACACGUUCGAGCGCUCGACUCGAGAGCAGCAUGAGGGGUAUCGUCAUCGACCCAACCCUGUUGUUACGCGCUACUCAUCUCUCUCCGAAAGGUGUAGACGUCUCUUCACUGCGCUGACUGCUGAGUGUAACAAGGUCGAUGCUCUAAAGACCGAUGUUGCGAACUUGAAUCAGACCAUUACGCGCCUGGAAUCUACCACUGUGCCUAAACAGGAUCUCGUGACUGCCUCUGAUACCUACGCCAUGUUGAAGGAAGCCAAUACAAAACUCCGUUGCAAGCUGAAUAGCAGUAAGAAGGAUUUGCUGUCGACCAUGACAGGAUUGGCUGACCGCCUUGAAGCAUUGCAUCGUGGAGUGCAAGAUGCCCAGAGCCAUGAUGAUGGAUUGUGGGACGAUAAAGAUGGAGUGCCGAGCUCUUUGUCAUGCGAGCUUGAACGACAGGAGAUCAAGAUCAACGAGACUGUCGACGAGGCGAACAAGCUGACCUUGCGAAUUUUUAAGCUGACAGAUGAGAAGAACGAGCAGGCAGGGGAGCUGGAGGCGCUUCAAUGCAAUAUCAAGGAUUCCUUUACCCACAGUGAUAAUCUUAAAGACCAGGGCGUGGUAGAUGGUGUUCAGAAGCCUGGCGUCCAGGAGCCUGCCAGCGUUGUCGAUAACAUUGUCGUGUCGGGAGAUCCUGUACAGAAAAGCCCACAUGAUGUUAUUGAUGAUGAGAAAGAUGCACUGCGCCAGUCUGUCGAAAGGCUGGAAGCCCAGAUCGUGAAACUUCAGCGUGCCGAGAAGGUCGCGACCAAGCGUAUUGCGGACAGCAAGGCCACGGAAGUGAUUCUUCGGGAAAGGAUUGCCGGUCUCGAAGAGAAGCUCGAGUAUUCACAGGAGACAACGAAGGAGAGGAUGGAUGAGCUGCUGGGUGCUCUCGAUCAGGCUCAGCAGGAGAGGACACGGGCGGUGGCCGAUCUUGAAGCGAAGCAGGAGGUUCUGGCGGAGAAGUCAGCCCAGCAGUUGGACCUUUCUGCCUGUGUCACUUCUUUGGAGUCUCAGCUCAAGAGUGCUAAGAUCGAAAAAUCUCAGAUUAGCUCCACGCUUACCUCCAGUCAAGAGGAAAUUUCCGUGCUGACGGCCACCGUGGCUCGACUGGAGUCUGCUGUAAAGGACAAGGACGAUGAGAUCUUAGCUCUGUCCAACCAGGUAAAGCUGGGUGGCAGCCAGGCUUCCAGCAAGGUCCGGGAUCUGGAGUGUCAGCUUGAGGCGGUUAACAAGGAGUUUAAGCAACUCGAGAAUAACCACACCCACACCAAAAUUGCACUGAACGUUGCUAACCGUCUCAAGGCGACUGGGGACGAGAAUCUCGCAGAGGCCAAAGCUCAGAUCCACCAGCUCAAGACCCAAUUGGAGACGGACCACGCGCAGCUUCUCGGCGAGCAGGAGGCGGCCGAGAGCGGUCGCAAGGAGCUUGAAGGGCAGAUCCGGGCUCUUGCUGGUCAGGUGCUGACGUGCACGGCCUACACCCCCAUCGAAGUUCUGCUCUCUGGACUUCAGCAGAGCAUCGACACUCUCAAGACCACUCAAGCAGAGCUGAAGAGGGCCCGAGCGUCUGUCAGCGCCAAGUUCAAGGAGGAGUGCAACCGUGUCGAAUCUCUGCAAAGCCAGCUUUCUGCCGAAAGAGAAGACCGAGAGCGGGAGAGGCUGGCUCAUAAGUCCGACCUCGACUCCUACGUUCUCAUGUCUGAGACUUUGCAGAAGGAGAACGACGAUCUUUCCAAGGCUGAGGCUUCCAAUGCUGCCAAGCUGUUGGAGGCGACUCGGGCCCGUGCGCGGCUGGAGUCUUCAGAGCGAGUUCUCGCCGAGCGUUGUCGAUCUCUGGAGGCUCUUCAGGAGCGUGAGAGUCUUCACCAGUCUUCCAAUGCCUCCGAGUCUCUUCGAUCUGCUGAGCUGAACCUUCUCAAACGGGAGAAGGAGCGGCUGCAGCUGUCUCAUGACCGUGAGAUUGAACGUUUGAAGCUGGAGAUCGAGAGCGAGAGACAGCGGCGUCUUGAUUCCGAGAACGAGCUGGCCCGUGGACGACGUCGGGAGACCGAGCGGCAUGCGGAGUCUCGUCACGACUCUUAUCGAGACUCUUAUCGAGACUACGAGCCUCAUAGACGACGAGAGUCUGGCGACAACGUUCGAGUCAACAUCAACAUUGGCUCCGACAGUGGUUACGGAGGCAAGGACCCUGCCCUGGUGUCUCUUGCUCGUCAGAAGAUCGAGAUGUUUCUGGCCAACGAGCGGUAUCGUAGGUGUGCCGGGUCCAUGACGGGAGCUGCACAUGAUGACGAGUACAACCGGCUGCAACUCUAUCUAGUUGACUCGAUGGGUGUCGAGCAUGCUCGCAGGAUUCUUACCAUGUUGACCCGUCAGCUCGGUCAGCCCGUCACUGCUCUGCCCAAUGAGAUUGACAAGCUCGUUGGCAACAAGGAGGUGCUCAGAAAGUCACUCGAGUUCAUUGACGACGUGGUUCGGUACUCUAACAACGAUCCUGAUGGCCCUGGAAUUCGAGCAGAGCCUGGAUCUAUUCAGUGGUCUUCCAACCUCAACAGUGAAAUGAGUCAUCUGAAGCGUACAUUGUACAAGUCGCACACCGGGAGGAGAUUGAGGUAUUGA